UUUUCCUGUCAAUUUUCUGUUCACACACACAUUCACACGUAAGCUCUCGUAGGAUAUAUUUUCUCACCACGCCAGCUCAAGUGCAGACCCAGGCACACACUGUAUGAUAAAUAAUUAUAUACCAUCAUGGUAAGCUACUGUCCAAUCUGUGGGAAGCCUGUCUUCUUUGGUGAGAAGAAGAGGUCCUUAGGGAGGGACUACCACCCUCUGUGUCUGAAGUGUCAAAAGUGCAACAGACAGCUCACAGCUGGACAACAUGCAGAGUAUGAUGAGAAGCCAUACUGUGCACACUGCUACCUGAAGAUGUUUGGUCCAAGAGGUAACAGGUGACUGGUGUCGCCAUGGCACAGUGCAUCCCCCUAUACAGAACCCAGACUGAGCUAAAAUGGACAAAUGCUGGCCUAAGAAGACACACAGGGCCUGUUUAUUGGCCAAAAAAAA